ACUCAUGAAGACAGCUAAACAUGGAAGCUCUUAUGAAUAGCAACCUGGACAUGUCGGCGUCUAUCGCUGGCAUUUUGAAUGAAAACCCCCGUCCCGAGCACCUGCAGGCUCUGAAAACAUUUACGGCUGCCUUACGGGACAAGGACUUCAGGGAGGCUGUGGAGGAGCAGGUGUUCUCUCAGCUGCUGCAGGUCCUGACCAGGCUCAGUGAUGAGCUGCAGGCUGCCAGAGGACCCGAUGAGGACCUGCAUUCUGUGAACCUGCAACUGCAGCUGGCUGCUGAAUGCUUCAGAGCACAGAGGAACUCCUGCGUUCAGAGCACACGCAAUCAGAGCCUGCUCAGGAAUCUUGGUUUCCUUGAUGUGUCAGUUAAACUUCUGAAUUUCCUUCACACCACAAGUUUGGAAAGCAGAGAUAGCAUAUUUGAAACUCUGCGUUGUGGGGUCCAGUUCCUUGGUAAUUUAGCUGUGGGAAACCAAAUGUGUAAAGAUGACAUUUGGCAGCUGAGCUUUCCAGAUCUUCUCCUGCACCUGCUCAGUGUGGAUGAUGAGAAGACAGUGAACUACACCUCUAUGGUUUUCCACACAUGUCUGGAUGAAGCCAAGGUGGAAGAGCUUUCAGAGAACAUUCAGCUGGCUCUCAGAGUGAUGGAGCUCUGCAGAACUCAGCCUGACCUGGAUUGGACGGUUCUCAUUGCAACUCAACAUUUCCUCAAAUCUUCAGCUCUGGUGGAGAACAUGUACUCAAUGAUGUCUCACCAUGAAAGGGUUACAUUGCUAGAGCUGCUCUUUGCUCAGCUAAGAGAGGAAGACCCAGAGGAGUGUGGCAUUCCACCCAGUGUGGCUCGUUUUCUGGCAAAUUGCUUCAAAAACGGUUGUGGAGCUGUGCUUACACUUGCCACUGGUUCUACGUCCAGUGAGGAGGUCCUGCAGGAGGCACUGACAGUGAUCAGUCUGCUGGAUGUUUUGUGUGAGAUGACCUCAGACCACAGGCAGUUCAUGUUCCUACAGGACCACCCCGACCUUCUAGUAUCCACCGUUGAGCUCCUUCAGCAGGUGCACGCCGUAGGGAAGGCCAGUAAGAAUAUUUUCAGCCCUGCUCAGAACUUCUCCUCCUUAAGUGGCGAUGGAGACUCUUCCUCACAUUCCCCUGUUAUCAGCUUCAAGGCCCACCUCGUCCGGCUGAUAGGAAACCUCUGUCACAGUAACACUAACAACCAGAACAAGGUGAGAGAAGUGGAAGGCAUUCCUCUCAUCUUGGACAACUGCAACAUAGACAGCAACAACCCAUUCAUCAGCCAGUGGUCCAUCUUUGCCAUCAGGAACCUCCUGGAAAACAACCGGCAGAACCAGCAGCUGGUGGCUGAGAUGGAACGCCGUGGCCCCGCUGACUACUCUGCUCUCAGAGAACUGGGUUUCCUGGUGGAGGAACGAGACGGAAGCUUGCUGCUCAAAACUGUGAGGAAAGACUCAUAGAUGCCUCGGAGAUGCAGCCAGGAGAAAGUGAGAUCCUCAACCCACUAGCAGGUUUUCAAGUGAAGUUAUUGUUGAGAAGGGAAUAAAGUACAUGUGCGCCUUCUUGUGUGAACAUGUACUCUAAUGUUAACAAGUGCAUACAGUAUUAAGCUUCCUCUGCAGGUAAAUGUCUCUUCCUCUAUCAAACAGGAAACAAAAUGGCCGUACAUCACAGAUAUAGUAAACUAAGUAACACUUUUUAAAUAAGAUGUAUCCGUAGAAGAGUUAAUACUUUUCAACUAUUGCAAUGUAACCUAUGCUGCUCAGAUAGACCUAUCGGAAUACUUGACUCACAAAAGCCCAAAAA